AUGUCGUCUCCAUACUCCAACGAUCGCAGUAAAACCUGCAAACAUGAAACGUCUCGCAGAUCUUGUCUCGCGUGUGCUGCUCACAACACGCGGCUCGACUUCAUCGAGGCUGUCACCGAAAGGGACAAACGUAGUGGGCUCGUCCAGGGCUACGAAGGUCAAUUAAAGGACCCGGAGCUGCCAUUGAAGGAGAGGAAGAAGUUCGAGGAGAGGCUCGAAAAGGCUCGGAAAGAGCAUGUGGCGUGGAGCGACCGCCACGACGGCCUGGAAGUCGAUGUCGUCGCCGCCGAUAAAUUGGUGCAAGCCAUAUGCGAUGAGAAUGCACCAGAGGACCUCGCCGAAGCUUUCGAGGCCAGAGCUAUCGAGCGUGUAGAGGAGCUCAGGAAUAUCUGGUCUCUCGUCAAUCCCACCGGUGAGAAGGAGGAAGAGAGCGAGCCCUAUGAGUUCGUAUCGGCCGAUCCCGCUCUCAAGCUCGAUUUUAAUCAGCUGGAUCGCUCUUCCAUCCCAGCGACCGUAGACACGCUGGUCACGGAUGGCCCCGGCUUCGAGAUGUUUCUUCGCCUGGGGAGGAAGAAUAAGCGUCUUCCAUCGAAGACAGUCGGCGAUCACGACGGCCCAGCAAUCAUGAGCUAUGGUGCCGCGUACGAUAUGUUUGGCGCGUUGCCGGGACUUGAUGCGUUCUGGGUAGACAAAGACAAGCUUGAGGAUGCCCGACUCGCACUCCUGGAGGCGGGUGAGGAUGAGGGUGAGGAUGAGGUCGCGGAAGACAUGGCGCAUUCCGACGUACUAGUACCUGCGCCGCAGACUGAGCUCGAAUUCAGGCAGUUGGACGAGGUGCAUGUGCCUACAGUCUCUCGCCUGGAAGAGGAACAACAACGGGCGUUGUUCGCUGCCGACAAGUAUAUGCAAUACUUGAGUGUGCUCGCCCGCCAAUAUCAUAAUCUGUGGUUGGCGCAGCAGGAGGCGGAGGAACUGGAGGUAGCGAAGGCGAUUUUUGGGCCGAAGAAGGUCGAAGGCAGUGCAGACGCAGAGCCUGCUGCUAUCGAGGCUCCAACCAAGGCCGCCGCAGUGAGAGGAUCCUGGCCCCCAGUCGAAGGUCUAGAUUUUGCUGGCUUCACGAACUGGGUUGUCGCUUGCAAGGAGCUUGACCCGGCCUUCAACGCCACUUUGAAGACCUGGGACGCUCAACGUAAAGCCCGCAACCUGCGAACGAAGGAGCUCCUCGAGCAAUGGAAGCAGCCAAAGGAUUUCGACAGUGGUAAUGCCCGCCAUCCCAGCAUGAAGGACUUCUACAACGGCCGCGUGCUCGGCACUGUUGAUCUCGAGGCUCUGGGGCUGAAGAAGAAACCCAAGCAGAAGCAGCCCGCUGGACGCUGA